GAGUCUGAGAAGUCGUUGCGCAUGGGGUGCGCCGGAUACCCUGCCAAGAAGUCCUUUCUGACUACCGACUUUCGGUCUUCUUCACGAUCUCGCCUCUCUCGUCGGUCUACGAUUGCGGAUAUAGUCGAACUUGAUGCUGUCCUGGCUACAGCUAUGACUUACUAUGAUGGUAUCUACCAUCUCCCGAUCAACGCUUACACUGUGCGCCAGCUCUCCAAGCACACUAAUGGUGCCAAACCAGUGGCUGACAAGACUCUUUUCUCGAGGCUACUCAUUAACGGCGAGAUCAAUAACGUCUAUGCGGAACACGUCGUCGCGGCCUUAGAGGGAAUUGGCGAGUACGUUGAACACCUUGUCAUUGUUGCGCCGAUUCAUACGACUGAGUUCGGUGAUGCGUUCAAGCGCGACUCUCACGAUGUCAACACCGGAUCUGACUGGGAGAACAUCCUGAAGCGUUUCCCUAACUUGCAGUCGUUGACCUUCAAACACCCCACUCAUAUGCCUACGGAGUUGACGCGCGAGACUUUCUGUGCCAUUCACUGUGCGCUUGCU